AUGGGCGAUAUCGAAGACAACGAGAAGUCCGUCGAGGUCCACAACCUUCCUGGCGGCCGCUCCGUCUCGCCGGUGGACAUAGGGAAACGGCAGGAGUCGGUAUCUUCUGCUGCAGCAGCAAAAAGAAUCCUCGAGCACAGCAAUGAUGCCGACGAGGCGAUGAAGGCUUUCGCCGCCGGCGAAGUCAUCGAGAUUGACGAGGCUACUAACAAGCGUCUCCUGCGCAUAAUCGACUGGCAUCUGAUGCCACUGCUCUGUGUCAUCUACGGGUUGAAUUACCUUGAUAAGACUACCUUGUCAUAUGCCAGUAUCAUGGGCAUCAAGAAGGACAUCAACCUUGUCGGCGAUGACUACCAGUGGCUCUCCAGCAUGUUCUAUUUUGGCUAUCUGGCUUGGGAGUAUCCCACAAACCGACUGCUGCAGAGACUGCCGCUUGCCAAGUACUCUGCCUUUUGCGUCGUGGCCUGGGGCACGGUUCUGGCAUUGUUCGCCACAGUCUCCAACUUUGGCGGUGCCGUUGCUGUACGAUUCUUUUUGGGUGUUAUGGAGUCUGCCGUCACUCCAGGUUUCGCCCUGUUCACUUCUCAAUGGUACACCAAGCGCGAGCAAGGCACACGCACGGGCUUCUGGUUUUCGUUCAACGGCUUCGGUCAGAUCUUUGGCGGUCUCGUCUCGUAUGGCAUCGCCGUCGGCGCUCGCAAGCACGGGACCGCCAUCGCGCCCUGGAAAAUCGUCUUCCUGGUCAACGGCUGUCUGACGGCCGUACUGGGAAUUGUGUUUUUCUUCGUCAUGCCGGACAACCAGCUCAAUGCGCGGUGGUUGAAGCCUCGCGAUCGAGUCUUGGCCGUCGAGAGAGUGAGAAUCAACCAGCAGGGCAUCGGCAACAAACACUUCAAGUGGUAUCAGUUGAAGGAGGCCCUGCUGGACCCACUGACCUGGGCAUUCACUUUCUACGCCCUGACCGCGGAUAUCCCUAACGGAGGCAUCAGCAACUUCUUUUCACAACUGAUUGUUUCCUUCGGCUACACGCCCGAGCAAUCUCUCCUGUACGGCACGCCCGGUGGCGCCGUUGAAGUCGUCUCCCUGAUGUUCUGUGGCUGGCUUGGCGAUCGUCUCGGCCAGCGACUCCUCGUCUCCAUGGGUGGGUUGGUAGUUGCACUGCUCGGCAUGAUUCUCAUCGUUGCUCUCCCCUUGAGCAACGACGGUGGCCGCCUUGCAGGAUAUUAUCUCACUCAAGCGUCCCCAACCCCCUUCGUGGCUUUGCUCUCCCUGAUCUCCACCAAUGUCGCGGGUUACACCAAGAAAACCACAGUGGCAGCAUUGUAUCUCAUCGGGUACUGUGUCGGUAACAUCAUCGGCCCGCAGGUCUUUAGGCCCGAAGACGCUCCUGAGUAUCGCCCGGCAGAGAUAACGAUCAUCGUUUGUUGGGGCGCAUGCCUCGUUGAUCUUGCUUUCAUCUGGUGGUAUUGCAAGAGGAUGAACAAGAAGAAAGCGGUAGAACGGGCCGAGCCCGGAUAUGUCAAGCUGGAAAAUCAGGAGUAA